AAUGACUUUGAAGUGGGUUGGUCUCGGUGCCUUUUUCGGAAUAGUCUUCCUUUCAGAGGCCUACAAAAUAGCUCCUUAUGUUAGUGAUGGUAUUCCCAGUUCACUGAAUAUAACUACAGAGCCAUUCAUCAAGAUCGGAUCUGGCUAUUAUUUUAUUCAAAAUAAUCUUGAGAAGAAUUGGCACGGUGCGAUCGAAUCUUGUCGAGGAAUGGGUGCUGAUCUAAUCGCCUUUGACAGCUUAGAGGAAUUGGACCUGAUAUGGAAGCACCUUUCAGCCAUAAAACCAGCGAAGGCUUUUUGGACUGCUGGCACUGACUUGGCCGAGCAAGGAAAGCACGUUUGGGUUUCAAACGGACGGCCGGUUCCUUCGAAUUUAUGGCGCAAGGGAGAGCCGAACAACUAUAAAAAUAAUGAGCACUGCGAUACUAUUUUCAUCACCGAUCAUUUUGGACUGAACGACGAAGUGUGCUCGAAAGUGUUUUACUAUAUCUGCAAGGCGCCCCAGCCGAAGACAGCCUCCUUUAUUGUGUGGUAAAUGAGUUUGGAAAACGUGUUUCCUUUAUACUUUUAAAUCGUAAAAAUAAAGAAUAUUGUUUUUUUAUAAAACAGA